UUAGAUGUUCUCUUCAUCGACUACACCUACAGUCUUUGAUUGUGGUGUCGCCUUUCACGGGCUAGACCAUCAGCUGUAAACAUUUUGAGCUAGUCAUUAUCCAAAGAGAUCACACGAGAAACGCGCCACGCACUUCGCCGAACAUGUCUUAUAGAAAACCCCAAGCUUCAUGGACUUGUGAGGAUGAUACUGUUGAGCCUUUUUCUUGCCCAGAAGAAAACUCCCCGACCCCUUCUUCAAUCAGCGGGGAUGGGGACUUAGAGAAUGUCAGCAGCCCCAUCGCUCAACAAGGUAGGCGCAAGCUGAAGAGGCGAAGAAAGCGCAUGCUUACAGGAGUCAGCCGGCAGCGGCGCGCUGCGAAUGAACGAGAACGCCGAAGAAUUCAAGGUGUAAAUCAAGCAUUCAUCGACUUGAAAAACGCACUUCCUUUGGCUCACUCUGUGGAUAUUUCAAAGAUUGACAUCUUAAGAGUGGCGACGAAGUGGAUAGACCACCUGAGUAAGUUACUAGAUCAGGAUCAAAGGAUAAACUCGGAACCAAAAUUUGCUGUCCAGCCGCAGUUGUAUGAUUUUCUAGGAGAAGAUUUUUCGAUCAACGUUCACGAGCUCGAAGACGAUUGCUUUCUUCAAGGACAAGACAUAUGGUCAGACAGCUCCAACCUGGAAGGACUCAACGACUUCUGCAUUCACACCGAGGAGCCUUUUCUGAAAACUCUCCUCCGCAGUAGUUUUACUGAUACGGACAGUUUCACUCAACCACUGUUGGAACUUACGGACCAACUGUAACUGUAUGAAUUCAUAGAGGACCAGCCCAACGUAUAGCAUGGACGUUUUCCGGGAGUUUUUCCUGUGGAUCGCCACUUUGUUUCUUAGGAAUAAAAUUUGGUGCGUAAGGUCACUAGAACAACGGCUGGGAAAAAAUUCGUGAGACAAGGAAAAAAUACAUGUACACGCAGAUUUUCUGCCUGGUCGGGAUAUCUAACGAGGAGAUACACGAUAGAUGUUUGGCAGAUGAAUAUUUCAAGAGAUAUUUUGAGUGAGUCCCAGAACGAACCGACAUUUGUUCUGCAAAAAUUUAAAUCCGCUAAAUUUUCAUGCUACGCGUUACGUUUAAAUACCUAUGUCAUUUUUAGUUUCAUAGCGAUACUCCUGUAAUUGAGGGAAACUUAAAUUAAUAGUUAGCUGUCGAAGACAAUCUCCAAGAAACGUAAGAAGAGACUGUAAAGUAACCAAGAUGACUGCAUGUCAUCAACACAGACCGCAAAUUAUUACGAAUAAUGACAUUUUUAACAUGUACAAAUAGCUCUUCAUGUCCACUAGAAAACAAUACCAAGAAUGAAAAUAUUUGUAGAUAUGUAACAAACAUAUGAUCAAUAAUUAAAAGAGAAACUAGGCGUAUAGUGUAGUAGUGAAGUCGGCUCUUUUAAAGCAGUCGCGAUAAACUCUAUUUAGUUUGUAUCAAACCCUAAAUGUUUCGUGUAGGAACUACGACAACCUAAAAGGACUACAUCACUAUAUGACAGAUACGACAUAC